AUGCUCUCUACUCGGCAGAUGGGUCUGCACUUGUUACAUGUGGUACUGCUUCAAUGCACCUGCGUUUGCCUCGCCGCCGUUGGACAUAGCUGCAACUUUGACCAGGUGAUGCGGAGCAGUGGCCCACCAGCGGUUGUGCGGGAGGUGGCGCAAAGGAGACAGGGCGCAUGGCAGGCAUACACAGCAGCUGCGCCUGGGUGGGAGCCGAUUCGCAUCAAGGUCUUCACGGAGGACUUGAAGAAUGAGCUGCGGUAUUGCACUGCGGAAGGACAGGAACGCCCAAACUUUGUGGGAAGGAAUGUUACGUGCAAUGCCUCCGAUAUCCUGACCGCCGAUAAAAAGGCUCUCCUCAUUGACCAGCUCUUGCCAGAGGCAAUUAAGUUGCAUUCCGAUCGUCUUCUUGUGGUUCCGGAGAAUGUUAUAGUGGUGCGCCGUUUUGUCGUUAGCGCGUGUGUGUACUUCACGAUUCCGUCUGAUCACCGCGAUCCUGGUGUUUCCGGUGCUGACAUGGUUCUGUACGCUGCUGCUGGGCCAACUGUUGGCGAAAACGCCGCAUGGAGCCUUUUUUGCUCUACUCUGACGAGCGGCCGACCGUCCGUUGGUGUCAUAAACUUUGGUCCACAACACAUUGCGGCAAAUCGGGUCGUCAUUCGCGCUGCGGCCCACGAAAUAGCGCAUGCCCUUGGUUUCUCUGCGUACCUCUUUGCGGAACAGGGAAUGAUCUCGAGGGUAGAAGGGUUGCGUGGCAAGACUACUGCGUUUGUGGUGUCAUCGAAGAAGACACUUCAGGCCACCCGGAAGCACUUUAACUGCUCGACUGCCCCUGGUAUGGAGCUGGAGGACGAGGGCGAUGAGGGGACAGCUUUGUCGCACUGGAAGCGACGUAAUGCAAAGGAUGAACUGAUGGCUGGAGUUGCUAGUGUUGGCUUCUACUCGGCGCUGACGAUGUCUGCUUUUGAAGAUACAGGGCUGUACAAAGCUAAUUGGGGGAUGGAAGAGCUGAUGAGCUGGGGCAACAACACCGGUUGCAGCUUUAUCAGAGAUAAAUGCAUGACGAACAACAUCACGGACUACCCCGACAUGUUCUGCAACGGUUCUUCCGGUGUUCCGCGCUGCACGUCUGACCGUCUGUAUCUUGGAUUUUGUGACAUUGUCGUGUACAACGAGGCGCUGAAGCCGCAGUAUCAGUAUUUUGCAAAUGCGUCAUUUGGUGGCUCAGCCGUACAAAUGACGGAUUACUGCCCUGUCAUCACGCCGGCGAAGGAUGCCGGGUGCACCAACAACCUGAACACCCUCCCCGGAAGCCGUGUGGGCCCGACGUCGCGGUGCUUAAAAGGGGAGUCGCUAAGUAUUGAACGAAACGCCAUUGGCGACGUGUGUGUGGAGGUAGCGUGUAACAGCAGCGACACUCUGCAGGUGCGCUAUCACGGCGACGAUACAUGGCACCACUGUCCCGAGGGCAGCAGCGUCACGCCUGGCGCACCCUUCACGGACGGCCGCAUUAUAUGCCCCAGAUACUCGGAUGUGUGCCCCACCCUCGCGUGCCCCGCUGGUGGCGGCGCGUGCAGCAGCGGUAAUGAUGCAAGUGAAGGUGCGCCUGGUGGAGAUGGGGACAAUGCUUCUUUUCACAAAAAUCAAUCCUCACAAGGAAGUGAUGGCGCCCUCAGUGCUUUUAUUCCCGUGCCGUUAUUGGUUUUUGUAUUGGGUAUCUGUUCAAUGUUAUUCACCUCUGGCUGA